UGCAUCAACGCUGGGGCGCAUCUAACUCAGCUCCGAGUGCGACGACUCGGUUCCUUGAGCCGCACUCUAGUCUACGCUGCGAGGCUGCGUCGUACAUCUUGUCCGGUUCUCUUUGUUCUACUAUGUGCUCUCCUAUUCUCUUCCGUGCCCUCUAGUUCAAUGCCGCAAAAACGGUAGACAUCUUUCACCGCCCCCUGCCCCAUCACUUCUGCCCCUUUGUUUGACCCGGGGACGAUAUACUUAACCUGGCCUCCCGAGUAGGAAACCGAGAAGUCCACCAUCCGUACCACCGUACACACUGAUAUGGCCCUCUCACGCUCUCUCCUACUCCCUAUCGGGCUCACCACGUUUCUGUUGGCGGUGGACGCCGCCGUCUCCCUUGGCCUGGUCUCGUCCAUGGUUGCGUUCCUACAUCACUACGGCCGUGGCCCUUGCCCUGUCGCGAAUCCGACUGGGUCAUACUUCCUGCUCGCUGGAGAGCCAGCAAACCUAGUUACUAACCAGGGCCAUACUACCAAUGCCGCCGGAGGGACAGCCCUUGUUCUGGUGGCAUUUGGCGGUAUGAUUGCUUUGUGGUUGGAGAAGCGGUCUCGGAAGAAGCGCGAUAGCUCCUCCCCAGUCUUCUACCUCUGGGCGCUGAUUGUUUUCUUCAGCUUCCUCCUGACGCUGGUGGCUCUCAUCUACACGUUCGUCGAGACGUCCAAGACAGGCGGCCAGUCCAUCGACCUGGCGGUGGCCGAGACGAACCCGGCGCCCGUCAAGUAUCCAGACCACCGAUGGACGCCCGAGAACUGGUAUGCUGCUGUCUUGGAAUUGCCAUUGGUGAGCGACAAUAACCGGAGGAUCAUAUCCGGCAAUCUGACAAUCAUGAGGGCUUGGCGGUGGAAUAUUAUUCCGCUGUUCGUCCUCGGGUUUGUGCUGUUGGUGUUGGUUGCGCUGGAGGUGCUCAGAGUGAGAAGGAGGAAUACGCAGAGGAUUGAGGUGGUUGACGUUCCUGCUUGGCCAUUGAAGUAGACGCCGGCUUUGGCAG